UCAACCCGCGGGGCGGGGCCCUUGCCCGCACGUAGCAUUCCAGCCGAGCCAGAGGCGCCGUCAUGACGCCUAGCGUGGCGUCUUUCCGCACAGCACUGUAAGAUUGAUAUUAAAGACAUGGUUUUCAACCCUCUUCAUCAGUGCACAUAAGUUAUCUCUUCUUUUUGGACCCAUUUUACACCACAAUGCAACAAGCUUUAGAACUAGCUUUGGAUCGUGCUGAGUAUGUCAUUGAAAGUGCCCGACAGAGACCUCCCAAAAGGAAAUACCUGUCUAGUGGAAGAAAAUCUGUAUUUCAAAAACUUUAUGACUUAUAUAUUGAAGAAUGUGAAAAAGAGCCUGAGGUUAAGAAAUUAAGAAGAAAUGUGAAUUUGUUAGAGAAGCUUGUUAUGCAAGAGACAUUGUCCUGUUUAGUGGUCAACCUAUACCCAGGAAAUGAGGGAUACUCUCUGAUGCUCAGGGGCAAAAAUGGAUCAGUUUUGCAGUGAGCCUGAACAUUUUUCAGAAACUUUAUAUUUUAAUAUUAAGAUUCUGAGACCAUUCGACUGCCUUACGAAGAAGGAGAAUUGCUUGAAUACUUGGAUGCAGAAGAAUUACCUCCUAUUUUGGUUGAUCUCCUAGAAAAAUCUCAGGUUAAUAUUUUUCAUUGUGGAUGUGUCAUAGCAGAAAUUCGUGACUACAGGCAGUCCAGUAAUAUGAAAUCUCCUGGUUACCAAAGUAGGCAUAUUCUCUUACGGCCAACGAUGCAGACUUUGGUCUGUGAUGUACAUUCAAUAACAAGCGAUAAUCAUAAAUGGACCCAGGAAGAUAAACUUCUGCUUGAGAGCCAACUGAUCCUAGCUACAGCUGAACCACUGUGUCUUGAUCCUUCUAUAGCAGUAACCUGCACUGCAAACAGACUCCUUUAUAACAAGCAAAAGAUGAACACACGCCCAAUGAAACGGUGUUUCAAGAGGUAUUCCAGGUCCUCUCUGAAUCGGUAACAGGAUCUUUCUCACUGUCCACCUCCUCCACAGCUAAAAUUACUUGAUUUCUUACAAAAAAGGAAGGAAAGAAAAGCAGGUCAACAUUAUGACCUCAAGAUAUCUAAAGCAGGAAAUUGUGUAGAUAUGUGGAAGCGAAGUCCCUGUAACUUGGCCAUACCUUCUGAAGUGGAUGUGGAGAAAUAUGCUAAAGUGGAAAAAUCCAUCAAAUCUGAUGACUCACAACCAACAGUCUGGCCAGCCCAUGAUGUAAAAGAUGAUUAUGUAUUUGAAUGUGAAGCUGGUAAUCAGUAUCAGAAAACAAAGCUCACCAUUUUGCAGUCACUUGGUGAUCCACUAUACUAUGGUAAAAUACAGCCAUGUAAAGAAGAUGAAGAAAAUGACAGCCAGAUGUCUCCAUCCCACUCCUCCACAGAUGAUCAUUCAAAUUGGUUUAUUAUUGGAUCAAAGACUGAUGCUGAGAGGGUAGUCAAUCAGUACCAGGAAUUGGUCCAGAAUGAAGCCAAAUGUCCAGUCAAAAUGUCACACAGCUCCAGUGGCUCAGCCAGCUUGAGUCAGCUUUCUCCAGGAAAAGAAACAGAACAACCGGAGACUGUGUCAGUUCAGUCUUCAGUAUUGGGAAAGGGAGUAAAACAUCGACCUCCACCCAUCAAACUUCCCUCAAGCUCAGGAAAUAGUUCUUCAGGUAACUAUUUUACACCACAGCAGGCCAGCAGCUUUCUUAAAUCUCCAACUCCUCCACCUGCUUCCAAGCCGCCAAGUCUUUCUCGGAAGUCAUCUGUGGAUCUCAAUCAAGUUAGCAUGCUUUCUCCAGCUGCCCUGUCACCUGCCAGCUCAUCACAAAGAACCACGGCCACCCAGGUCAUGGCAAACUCUGCUGGACUUAACUUCAUCAAUGUUGUGGGCUCUGUUUGUGGAGCUCAGGCUUUGAUGAGUGGUUCAAAUCCUAUGCUGGGCUGUAACACUGGUGCCAUAACUCCUGCAGGAAUAAACCUGAGUGGCCUUCUCCCCUCAGGCGGUCUGCUACCAAAUGCAUUGCCCGGUGCAAUGCAGGCAGCUUCUCAAGCAGGUGUUCCCUUUGGUUUAAAAAAUACUUCAAAUCUCAGGCCCUUAAAUCUACUCCAGCUUCCAGGUGGUUCACUCAUUUUUAACACUCUGCAGCAGCAGCAACAGCAGCUCUCUCAGUUUACACCACAGCAGCCUCAGCAACCUACAACUUCUAGUCCUCAACAGCCAGGGGAGCAGGGUUCUGAACAAGGUUCAACUAGUCAAGAACAGGCCUUAUCUGCUCAGCAUGCUGCUGUUAUUAACCUUGCUGGAGUAGGAAGUUUCAUGCAGUCACAGGCAGCUGUGUUGUCUCAGCUUGGCUCUGCCGAGAACAGACCUGAGCAAAGCCUUCCUCAGCAGAGAUUCCAGCUCUCCUCUGCCUUUCAACAGCAGCAGCAACAGAUACAACAGUUGCGAUUCUUACAGCAUCAAAUGGCUAUGGCAGCAGCAGCAGCACAAACAGCUCAGCUACAUCGUCAUCGGCAUACAGGCAGCCAGUCAAAAAGUAAAAUGAAGAGAGGCACACCAACCACUCCAAAAUUUUGAGUCUCGCUUUUCUUUCUCUCUCUCU